ACUGAUGUCGUUCUGCUGUUUUGCAGUGCUCCAAUAAUCAAACCCCUCAUUACGAAAAUGGCGAUUUUGAUAAAAAAUUUUAAUAAUAUCCAGCUGUUAUGCUCAGAUGCCAUAGGUUACUCUUGGCUUUUAGACUAUAUCUCUAGAAAAAAAACAGAAUAUGUUUACAUCAGUAUAAAAACAAAUAUCAUCAAAGACUUCCGUGACUACUUAGAAAAUUUAAGUGCCGAGAAAAUGAACAUGGUGCCCUGGUUUAAGCGCGUGUACCAACAAAUCAUGAAUUGUUCUUUCAAAACUGAGAGGAAAAGGUCGCGAAGAUGCCAUUCAAAUCAGACAUUUGGAAAGACGUUAUCGUCAGGAUUUCCGAAAGAUUCCACCACUAACGUUAUAGAUGCGGUGUAUGUCUUCGCGCAUGGCCUUCACCAAGAAUUGACAGCUCGGUGCCCAAAUCUCGCUAAUUGUGCGCAAAACGGCAACGUAUUUGGCGCGUCAUUACUUAAACUAAUCCGUAAUUCGAGCUUUCAGAGCGCUGAUGGAAGGAGAGUUUAUAUCGAUCAAAAAGGCGAUGUGACGGGAGGAUAUGCGUUUGAAUAUAUCACAACUAGGAAGGAUGGUACGCGGGAAAGUAAAAUAAUAGGUGAUUGGCAGGGUCGAUUGAGUCUGAACUUGAACUCGAUAUAUAAUUCUGGUUUGACCUCGGCAAAAGCGCAGUGUUCUGAACCAUGUAAGAAAAACGAAAUAAGACAAAGAAACCACGAAAAACCAUGCUGUUGGAAAUGUGUAGAAUGUCAGGCUGGGUCAAUUGCCCGAAACGAAACAAUUUGUCAUCCCUGUGGCCAGGGUUAUUUGGCAAACCAAAAGAAGGCAGAGUGCGUAAAAAUCCAAGAUCUUUUCUAUAGUUUGGACGAACGAAUCUCAAAUUUACUGGUUGUCCCUCCUUUGGUACUUUCUGCGUUAGGAUUAUUGGGUAUUCUUUUCACUCUUAGCAUAUUCAUAAGAUUCCAUUCCAAUCCACUGAUUAAAGCAUCUGGGCGCGAAUUGUGCUAUCUUGUACUUACUGGGCUUCUCUUUUCACUCAUUUUCCCGAUUCUUUGUGUCUUUAGACCAUCUGGCGUCAAGUGUCUCUCUCAAUUCAUUCUUGACAGUCUUCCGCUUACGAUAUCACUCGUUCCAAUCCUGAUGAAAACUAACCGCGUCGUUCGAAUAUUUGACCCUGCACGAAGAAUAACGGACCAACCUUCGUUAGCAGGCUCACUACCACAACUUGUUUUAUCCAACUUGUUAAUCAGUUUACAAAUUAUCUUCUUGCUUGUGUUAGUUCUUCUGCAUUUUCCCGAUCAGAAAUUAGUUUAUUUCUCGCCAACAGAGGUGCAUCUUGUUUGCAGCACAACAAAUAGCCAGCUUCUUGUAGCACAUCUGUAUAACGUUAUCUUGAUAAUCGCCUGCACUUACUACGGUUUUCGAGCUAGAAAUAUACCUAGUAAUUUUAACGAAGCCAAAUCCAUUGCUUUUGCAAUGUACGCAUCGUGUGUAAGUAUUGUUGUAUUCUUUGUUGCAUUCUUGGUUGUGGCCACUGGUAGUUCCAAUAAGAUAAUUCAGCAGGCUUUACACUCAUAUCGCGUUUCGCUCUUAGCCAACGUCAUUCUAUUUUGCUUCUUCGCUCCUAAAAUUUACAUCAUUCUUUUUCGACGCCAACUGAUCCAAAGGCACUUAUUUUCUUUCAAUGGCGGGGGAACAACUGUUUGUUACUCACAAGGAAGCCAAGGCUAUGUGAGAAACAGUAGAACGUCUGAAAUUGAGGCACCAAAGACAAUCCAAAGAUCACAAGUUCCUACAGAAAUGCCUAUCUGCAGAAAACGACAAGAUUGGAAACGCUGGACAAUCUAGGCAACAUCAUGAAGCCUAGUUCAUACGUCGCAUUUUGGUCGCGUCGAAUGCAAUUCAAACAUAGGUAAUGAGAUAGUAAAUCUUAUUCAGCCUCAUUAUCAUGUCAUUAUCUGCUGUUUAAUUGCAUUUGACGCGACCAAAAUGCGACGUAUGAACUAGGCCUAACGCACACGAAUUGGUACCAAUGCAUGGUAAUUGCCAUGAGUAUCAUGCUGCGUUUUUCAAUUUAUCUGCCGAUAAGAACGGUCUGAUGGAUGCAAGCUAAACGACCUUACUGUUGGUACCAUUCGUACGAAUGGAAAUUGCCUUUUUCCAUCCGUAGACAUUCGAGUAUGACACCGUAUCAUAGAAAUAAUGGACAGUCUAUUAUGUCUAUUAUUUUUAUGCACCGUAUGCUUCGCAAUACUAAACUUACAGCCUAUAGUUAUAGAUUGAACGGGAAGUUAAAACAAUGACACCAUAUACUGUAAAUAUUCGAAUAAACACUGGCUUCGAAGAAACACCGCAUGGAAAAUUCAUGAAUUUCUUCUUUUCUGCAUGUAAAGCUUUGUUUAGUGCCUGCAAUUCUUCGUAAAUAGGCGGUUUUGGAACCACAAAAUCUGUGUUAAUUAAGGCCUAUUUAGACUACACGAUAAGUUGUAUGCAAUUAUCAUUCUGACGAAUGCAAAAGAGGACCUAUGCCACAAUUUUCAUUCAAUUUAGUUCGGAGUGGAAUUUAAAGUGUCACGUUUGUACGUGUGUUCAUACGUUCACAUGCGCCAGGAUACGAAUCGUAUAC